AUGAAUAGAAGACGUUUAAGUACAGAAGAAGCAAAUACGAUGAGCCCAACAGAAUCUGAUUCCUUUGUCGACAAAAAGAAAGAGACGCAUCUACGGUGUGAACGUCAGCGCAGAGAAGCCAUCAAUAAUGGAUACAGUGAUUUGAAAGAUUUAAUUCCGCAAACACCAUCAGCCAUGGGAUGCAAAAUAACAAAUGCCGCCAUUCUAUUCAGAGCUUGCGAACACAUGAGUCAAUUGAAUUCUGAAGUGGAGGCCAGUAAUAAAGAGAUUCAGCAAUUAACUACACAAGUUUCUGCACUUGAAAUGAUUGCGGCUCAGUAUGAAGCCAUGGCAUCAGAAAACACAUCAGGAGGAUCCGUUUCGAUUCAAGCCAAAAUGGUCCAAGCUCUUUUAGAUGAAUGUUUCGAUUCGUUCUCUGAACAAGUUGAUUUCACAAGUUACGCUACAAUCACAAGGACUCUACUCACUUGGGUUGAAUCGUUAGCAGGUGAUAAUGAACAAUUCAAGAAGACGGCGAGUCGGCUACUAACCUUAGCACUAAGUCAGCCAUCCAUCUAA